AAUCAGCGUUUUACGCUUUUAAAGCACAAUGCCAGGUGUCCGUGGAGAAUAAUUUAGUUUUCUAAGAAUAAAGUUAAAUUAAAGAAGAGUUAGCAAAUCGAACCGACGCCAAUGAAUAUACCGGAACACAGCCGUUUCGCUAUCUACGCGUUGGGCAUUUUUUUUGCCUACUUUCUGUAUGGCAUAGUCCAGGAGAAGCUCACGCGCGGCCGGUAUGGAGACCAGUUGCAGCUGGAUGGGAAUAUCGGCGAGCGGUUUACCUAUACCCUGGCCCUGGUCUGGGUGCAAUGCUUUUGCAAUUACCUCUUUGCCAAAGGCAUGCUGGCGGUGAAACCACAAAAGGAGGACACCACACACACGGGCUACUAUGCGGCCAGCUCGCUGACGUAUCUGUUGGCCAUGGUGUCCACUAACAUGGCGCUGCGUUGGGUGCCUUAUCCCACUGCCGUUGUGGGCAAGUCGGCCAAACCGAUCCCUGUUAUGAUACUUGGCGUGCUGGUUGGACGCAAAUCCUAUAGCUGGACGCGUUACGCAUGUGUGCUGACAAUUGUACUGGGUGUCAUAUUAUUCAUGUACAAGGAGAGCAAGGUGGCCAAUUUGCCACCAGAGACAACAGGAUUGGGAGAGCUGCUGCUGUUUUUGAGCUUGGCCAUGGACGGCCUAACUGGUGCCGUGCAGGAGCGUAUGCGUGCGGCUAGUGCGCCCUCGGGUCAGCAAAUGAUGUUGUCCAUGAACUACUGGAGUACCCUAAUGCUCGGCGUGGCCAUGGUGGUAACAGGUGAAGGCAUGGAGUUUAUACAGUUUGCUUUGCGUCAUCCGGAGGUUUGGAUUCACUUGUCCAUGAUUGCGCUGUGCGGUGCCUUGGGUCAGCUUUUUAUCUUUCUGAUGGUUGCCAAUUUUGGACCGUUGGCUUGCUCAGUGGUCACCACCACGCGCAAAUUCUUUACCGUUCUCUGCUCUGUGCUGCUAUUUGGUAACGUGCUGAUCGCUCGUCAAUGGUUUGGUGCCGUUUUGGUCUUUGCGGCGCUUUUUACGGAUAUGUUGUAUGGCAAAAAGGAUAAUGCGGCUAAGAACAAGAAACCGCCUGGCGAUGGCAAGCUAAAGGAGGAACAAAAGAAACUAAAUUCAUAGAAUUUAUUAUAAUAAUAGCUUUAUUUGUCGUACAAUACAAAUCGCCCUUAGUUUAGUUUAGCUUGUGCUGUAAAACGUACAAAAGUAAAAAUGUUGUAUUAAGGAGCUCAACAACUGCAUUCCCAAA